UUUACCGGGUCCCAAUGAUCCAUCUUUGCUAUAUGCACAAGCCGAACAUCGGUCUGAGGCUAUAUGGCAACAAAUUGUAGAAAGUGGGGCGAUAAGUUGCAAAGAACGAGUACAAUUUUACAUGUGGACAAUAUUCCAAAUCAAAUAAUACCUCACCUGCGACGUACAGGUUUUUAUGGCGUAAUACGGUUAGAUUUUUUUGCUUUGGAUUGGCACUUAAUUACUGCUCUUGUUGAGCGGUGGCGACCAGAGACCCAUACAUUUAUGUUUCUCGAAGGGGAAAUGACCAUUACCCUUCAGGAUGUGGGACUAAUAACCGGGUUGCCGGUCAAUGGUGCAGCUGUUACAGGCCAAUCACGCCACCAUUGGCCAUCAGUAUGUGAGGCAUUAUUAGGUGUCGUUCCACCUAAUAAUGCCAUAAGAGGGUGUUAUUUGAAAAUGAUCUGGCUAGCUGAGGAGUUUAGUCAACUUCCAGAUAAUGCUGAUGAGGAAGUUGUACAGAGGUUCGCACGAGCAUAUAUUAUGAGGGUCAUUGGAUCUAUUUUUAGUGAAACAUCUGCUUCGAGUGUGAACCUAAUGUUUUUACCUUUGCUAGCCGAUCUGAAAGAAGCCGGCAAUUAUAGCUGGGGUGGGGCAUGUCUGGCAUGGUUGUACAGACAGUUAUGUAAGGCGACAAAUCCUAAAAUUAUGCAGAUGGCUGGUCCAUUGUUCAUACUUCAGAUAUGGGCAUGGGACCGUAUCACAGCAGUAUCGUCGAUACUGUCUAACCAAGUACCACAUCAUGAUGCUCCACUGGGCAGUAGGUGGAGUAAUGCCAGACAGAUAACAGAGGUUGUCACCCACGUACUAGUGGAGCUGCGUUAUCAGCUUCAUCGAUUAUUACCCGAGCAGGUAAUUUGGGAGCUAUACACUGAUGCCCUGAUUGAGUCGCUCCCCGAAUAUUGUCGCCAAGGACGAGAAAUUUGGAGAGCUGUUGUCCCACUAGUCUGCUUUCAUAUUAUAGAGUGGCAUCAGCCGGAUCGGGUCAUGCAACAGUUUGGUAUGCAACAGCAUAUUCCUGCUGAACCACAACAAUCUGCUGCACUCCAUGAUGUUGAUUUGCGGAAGAGCGAUACAAAUUGGGCAGAAGUGCACUCUCAUUGGAUCGCGCGCUGGAACACCCGAGAUAGAAGAAUAAUAACUGGCCCGCCAGCAACAGAGCCACUCCAUUUUCAUUCAGAGUAUAUGGAGUGGUACCGUAGGGUGUCCAGACGCUGGAUUUCAGUUAAAGGAGCGGCAAUGGGAUCAGGGGAGGAUGGUCUGGAGCAUAUGUAUGCUAUUGCUACCAAUCCGACCACUGGGAGCAUGACAGCUAUUUGCGACCUCAUACAGUCUGUUUCUUUUUAUAUGAUGGAAGAGAGGAGGCAAACACAGUUGCCAGCUCCACAUCCAGCACCUGUUGCACCACCUAGCAUGGCUGAUCCAAAUGACCCACCUAUUCCAGAUUCAGUUUCACGUGGUAGUAGGGGUAGGACUCGUGGUCAUGCUAGGAGCCGUAGAAGGGAUCACGCACAAGCAGCACAAGGUGAGAGGGAUGUGCAUCCAGUGCCUCCCCCGAUACAGUAUCAUCAGUCACAAGCAGCACAUGAAGAUGCACCAAGUACAUUCCAUGUGCCACCCAGUUCAUCUCAGGUGCCACUCUUAUUAUUGUCUUGUUUGAUUUAUGUGUAAUGGUGAUGUCUCUAAUUGUGAGUUGCUAAAUUCAAUAUUUCCUUGUUGGUGAUCUCAGAUUACGAUUUGAAUGGAUUAAUUAUGGCUAUCUAAAUAUUACAGCUUUUGAAAUUUGGAUUUGAAUGGAUUAACUUUAAACAUGAGGGAGCAUGAUUUGAACACUACACAUUUUAACAUGUGUUGACUCCUUGAUUUGCUAUUCCUCUCUAAGUUCAUGGUGAUUAUUCAACAGAUGAUAUUGGUUUGAAGUUGGGCAGGCCUGUUGAUGAUAGAAUGAAUUAGGAAGAGAUUGAGGUUGUCGGUGCAACGUAAUCGAAGAGGUUAAUUUUAGGUUCAGAUAAUCCUUCCAAUUUCCAGCCUUAUAAUAUUCAGAUUCAGAAGCGCAGCUAUAUGAGUGGUUUCUUAGAUAUUAAGUUGAUUUUGUCAUUUUUCCAUGUGAAUAACGUUAGCAAUUUGCAACCUUAUGCUUCAUUAUAAUUUUUGUUAUGCUUUAUAUUUGGAUGGUUACCUUGCUUAUGUUUAACAUGGUUGCGGACAGUGAAUGCUUUUGAAUGAA